AUGUUCUCGACACCUUUAUUCAUAGCUCCUACACUCUUGUUUUUGUUUGUCACACUAGUAGGGUUCAUUCGUAACCGAAAAACCAAAGAUGUAAACUGGCAAGAUAUUUCCGCCACACCUAAUAGAAGGCUUUCGGCAUUUUCAAAAUCCAUUAUUGUAUUGGCUUCCUUUGUCCCAUUUUUCUUCUUGUUGGAUGUUGCAGUGCUAGUGGCCCGUGUAUUAUUAGAGGAAAAUGGACAACCCUCGAUGAUGCUUGCUUAUUACAUUGUUUUAUCUUGGCUGGCUUGGGUAGUCAGUUUGGUUUGUCUUAUGGAUGAAUCUCAUAAAUUUUCAAGAUGGUAUUGGCUGCAAUACACUUUCUUUGCUUUGGCUUUUCUUGCUGAAACAUCUGUAGGCUGGCUAUGGUAUAUGGAAAUAAAGCCAGAAGGCGUUGUGCUUACUAUCUACGAUAAAUUGCUGUUGGCAGCUUUCCUUGUUCGCUAUAUAAUAGUAGCCAUCAUUUUAUGCCUGUCAUUUAUUCACAUGAUCUACAGCAACAACUCUAUUCGUCAUGAUGAAACGUCUCCUUUAUUGGACUCUCAUCCUACUUAUGGAGCAACUGUCUCAGAGGUUGUGGUUACCACAGCAAAAGAAAAAAGCAGUUUCCAUGACUUUUGGUCCAAGUUUAUCAAAGUGUUCCCUUACAUUUGGCCUCAUCAUAACUUUAAGUUACAACAACUGGUCAUUCUCUGCUUCUUACUGAUGUGUUUGGGUCUUGCUAUCAAUGUCUUGACACCUUUGCAAAUCGGUUAUGUUGUUGACAGAUUGAACAAUGAUCCUAAAUCGUUUGCUUGGGCUGCCGUCUUGGCCUAUGUUGGAUUUAAGUUCUUGCAAGGCAGUUCUGGUCUCAUUCAAGCAUUACAAAACUAUCUCUGGAUCCCAGUGGGCCAAUACACAACGCGUGAAAUUUCUGUCAAGCUAUUCGCCCACUUGCAUAAUUUAUCUCUACAUUACCACAUCAACCGUAAGACAGGCGAAGUGCUUCGUACAGUCGACCGAGGUACCAAUAGUGUUGUCCAAUUGUUGUCACAGAUUGUGUUCCAGAUCUUCCCUGCCCUUGCUAAUAUUCUGGUCGCCGUCGUUGUGUUCUCUGUCAAGUUUUCAUUGCCUUUUGGUUUGAUUGUUUUUGUGACUAUGGCCUUGUAUCUCUAUGUGACAAUCACAUUGACGGAAUGGAGAACUGGAUUUAGACGCAAGAUGAACGAACUCGACAACUAUGCUCGUUCAAAAGCCGUUGAUUCUCUGUUGAAUUUCGAGACAGUCAAGUACUACAAUGCUGAACAGUUCGAAGUCAACCGCUACAAUCAUGCGAUUGUAGACUACCAAAAAGCUGAUUACAUCAACUCAGUCUCACUCAAUGUGCUCAACUUGGCACAAAAUGCUGUGAUCACAGGCGGCUUAUUAGCAGGCUCUUUGUUAUUUGCCUUCCAGGUCUCCAAAGGCAAAUUAACACCGGGUGAUUUUGUUUCCUUCAAUGUGUACAUGAUGCAGCUCUAUAUUCCUUUACAUUUCUUUGGUACUUAUUAUCGUAUGAUCCAACAAAACUUUGUGGACAUGGAAAAGAUGUUUGACUUAUUUGAAGUUGAACAGACGGUCAAGGACGCUGAAGAUGCAACUGAAUUACAAGUGACGGAGGGUCAUGUCAAAUUCGACAAAGUCUCAUUUUCUUAUGAUCACCGUCAGACAGCUUUGAACAAUAUUUCGUUUUCUAUCCCCAGAGGAGCUACUGUUGCCUUAGUUGGUCCUUCAGGUGGUGGCAAAUCUACCAUCUUGCGUCUCUUGUUUAGAUUCUAUGAUCCCAAUGCAGGUCAUAUCUAUAUUGAUAGUCAAGAUAUUGCUGGUGUCAAACAAGCCUCUUUGCGUAAGAACAUUGGUGUUGUUCCUCAAGAUACUGUCUUGUUUAACGAUACCGUCAUGUACAAUAUUCGAUACGGUGAUGUCAAUGCCUCAGACGAAGAUGUCUAUCGUGCUGCUAAGGCUGCUCAGAUCCAUGACAAGAUUCUUAGUUUUCCUGAUGGUUAUGAUACUAAAGUAGGAGAACGCGGUCUUCGUCUAAGUGGAGGCGAGAAGCAACGUGUGGCUAUUGCUAGAACGCUCUUGAAGGACCCAGCUAUUAUCUUGCUUGAUGAAGCCACAAGUGCUCUUGAUACCACGACAGAACGACAUAUUCAAGGCGCUUUAUCUGCCAUGACUAAAGAUCGCACUACGCUUAUCAUUGCUCAUAGACUUUCUACCAUUGUUAGUGCUGAUUUGAUCUUGGUCAUUAAAGACGGUCAGGUUGUUGAGUCUGGAAGUCAUGAUCAAUUGAUUCAGGGUGCUUUAGCAGGAGAAAACCAAGGUGCUUAUUAUGAGAUGUGGCAAAAGCAACUAGACGACCACCAUGAUACUAGCCAAACUGCGAGUGAAACUGCUACUCCUAAACCUUUAGAAGUUGUUGAAGAACCAGAGUCUUUUAUUGGAGAAAAUGAUCAGAAAAAGAAGGCACAAAAAGAAGAAGAAAUCGUUCGAGAAGCUCAACAGAUUCAGCAACAAGCAAAAGAGGCUGUUGAAGAAUCUAUUCAAGAACAAGUUGAAACCGAAGAGAUUCAAGAGCAAGAAGAAGCUCAAGGAAUUAGCACAGAUACCAAGCAAGAAUUGGAGCAUGAAUUAGCUAGUAGUAACAAUAGUCCUCAUACUUCUACAGCCAAUAGCAGUGCAAACAACAGUGAUUCUGAAGCUAAGAAAGAGAUAUCCAUGACACCUGUCGAUCAAAUUAAGAACAACAGCAAAACCCGCCGUAAUUCAAAGAACAAGAAGAAAAAGAAGAAGAAUAGUAGAAAAUAA